GUCACAGGCUUCUGUAGACAGAGCAAAAAUGGCGUCGCUGAGUGACAAAUCAGUUUGGGACGAAGUGGAAGAUGGAAUCGGCGAAGAAGUGUUAAAAAUGUCCACAGAGGAGAUUGUUCAGCGAACUCGUCUCCUCGACAGCGAGAUAAAGAUUAUGAAGAGCGAGGUUCUGAGGGUGACCCACGAACUGCAGGCUAUGAAGGAUAAAAUCAAGGAAAACACGGAGAAGAUAAAGGUGAACAAAACCCUGCCGUACUUGGUGUCCAACGUGAUCGAGCUGCUGGAUGUGGACCCCAACGACCAGGAGGAGGACGGGGCUAAUGUGGACCUGGACUCCCAGAGGAAAGGAAAGUGCGCCGUCAUUAAGACCUCCACUCGACAAACCUACUUCCUGCCGGUGAUCGGCCUGGUGGACGCAGAGAAGCUGAAGCCCGGAGACCUGGUGGGUGUCAACAAAGACUCCUACCUGAUACUGGAGACCUUGCCCACCGAGUACGACUCCAGAGUCAAGGCGAUGGAAGUGGACGAGCGGCCCACAGAGCAGUACAGUGACAUCGGAGGCUUGGAUAAACAGAUCACGGAGCUGGUGGAGGCCAUAGUCCUGCCCAUGAACCACAAGGAGAAGUUCGAAAACCUGGGCAUUCAGCCUCCAAAAGGCGUCCUGAUGUAUGGGCCGCCUGGUACCGGGAAGACUCUCCUGGCCAGGGCCUGCGCGGCGCAGACCAAAGCCACGUUCUUAAAGCUGGCAGGUCCACAGCUGGUCCAGAUGUUUAUCGGUGACGGAGCCAAGCUGGUGAGAGAUGCCUUCGCUUUGGCCAAAGAGAAAGCCCCGUCCAUCAUCUUCAUCGACGAGCUGGAUGCCAUCGGAACCAAGAGGUUUGAUAGCGAGAAAGCAGGAGACAGAGAGGUGCAGAGGACCAUGCUGGAGCUGCUGAACCAGCUGGAUGGGUUUCAGCCCAACAUGCAAGUGAAGGUGAUUGCUGCCACCAACAGAGUGGACAUCCUGGACCCUGCGCUGCUGCGUUCAGGCCGCCUGGACAGGAAGAUUGAAUUCCCAAUGCCAAACGAAGAGGCCAGGGCUCGCAUCAUGCAGAUUCACUCCCGCAAGAUGAACGUCAGUCCCGACGUCAACUACGAGGAGCUGGCCCGCUGCACCGACGACUUCAACGGCGCCCAGUGCAAAGCUGUGUGUGUGGAGGCCGGUAUGAUCGCGCUGCGUCGCGGCGCCACAGAGCUGAACCAUGAGGAUUACAUGGAGGGAAUCCUGGAGGUCCAAGCCAAGAAGAAGGCUAACCUGCAGUACUACGCCUGAGGACACUGCCUGUGUCGGUCUUUGUAUGUGAGAGAGUCUUUGAUUAUUAAAACAAAUGUUGAGGAAACACUUGUUUCAGUUGCUGGUCGAGUUAAUAAAAAGUGAUACAAUUUCAAA